AUGUCGAAAAUCACAGUCGCCGGAGUGCGUACCAACGUCCAACAACUUCUCGAAUACUCUCUCGAGACCAAGAAGAGAAACUUCCUCGAAACCGUCGAACUCCAAAUCGGCCUCAAGAACUAUGACCCCCAACGUGACAAGCGUUUCUCGGGAACCGUCCGUCUGCCCGUUGUUCCCCGCCCGGGUAUGAGCAUCUGCAUUCUCGGUGACCAGCAUGAUAUCGAUCGUGCCAAGCACGGUGGUGUUGAUGCCAUGUCUUCCGAUGACUUGAAGAAGCUCAACAAGAACAAGAAGUUGAUCAAGAAACUUGCUCGCAAGUACGAUGCCUUCGUCGCUUCCGAUACUCUCAUCAAGCAGAUUCCUCGUCUCUUGGGUCCCGGUCUCUCCAAGGCUGGUAAAUUCCCCACCCCGGUCUCCCACAACGAGGACUUGAGCGCCAAGAUCAACGAAGUCAAGUCUACAAUCAAGUUCCAGUUGAAGAAGGUCUUGUGCAUGGGUGUCGCUGUCGGCAAUGUUGGCAUGACUGAGGACCAGCUGAUCUCCAACAUCAUGUUGGCUAUCAACUACCUGGUGUCUCUCCUGAAGAAAGGCUGGCAGAACGUGGGCAGCUUGACUAUCAAGGCUUCUAUGUCUCCUCCCAAGCGCCUGUACUAG